GUGACGUGCCGACUCGGAGCCGAGCGAGGUUUCCUGGCGGAGCUGCGGAGGGAGCAGGAGCCGAGCGGGUCUGUCUGUCUGUCCGUCCGUGUGUCUGUCUGCCGCCGCAGUCUCUUGUCUGUCUGGGACAGACACAUAAAAAACCCUCCUCUUUUUCGGCUUCCACGGUCUGGACUCGGAAUCCGCGGCUAUGGAUCCAUCGCUGUCCUCCUCCUGUUUUCACCACUGAGGGACCGUUGGAUGCUCCAGUGCCCAUAGAGGAGGAGGAGGGAGGAGGAGGAGGAGGGGGGCAUCCUUGUCAUUCUUCGACUACCAGGCUGACUCACCGCUGGAGCGCCUGAACACAGAAGAAGAAGAAGAAGAAGAAGUUUGAGAGAACGAGGGAGUGAGGAAAACAAAUAGAGUAACAGAAGGAAGGAGGGAGGGAGAGAAAGAGGGGAGUAAAGAAAAGAAUAAAGGUGUGGAAGUCUAGGAGGGGGGAGAGACAGCAGACAGCAAGAGAACGUCAGGUCGGGUCGGUGGGGCGAGAGGAGGAAAGAGGAAGUGAUUGUGGGAAAGAGAGGAAGAGAAGGAGACAUUACGGACUCAGUGGGGAACAAGUUAACAGAUCAGAGGUGAGCGUGGGCGCAGGUAGGUUGGAGGUCGGAGGUCAAGCGGCGUUCAGACGGAAGGCUGACUGAGCUGCAGCCGAACAAACUGUCCUGCCGCCCCACCCUCCCCAACAACUGUCCCUUCACAGUCACCACACUGGGAGAACUGGGAGAACAGGUGACGAGGAGAAGCCACCAUGAGCGACCAGAACGUCGUCAAGGAAGGCUGGGUCCAGAAAAGAGGUGAGUACAUCAAGAACUGGCGACCGCGCUACUUUCUGCUGAAGACAGACGGCUCUUUCAUCGGCUACAAGGACAAACCGCAGGACUCUGACCUGGCCUACCCGCUCAACAACUUCUCUGUAGCAAAAUGUCAGCUGAUGAAGACGGAGCGGCCCAAGCCAAACACCUUCAUCAUCCGCUGUCUGCAGUGGACCACGGUCAUCGAGAGGACUUUUCACGUCGACACUCCUGACGAGCGGGACGAGUGGGCCGAGGCCAUCCAGAUGGUAGCCGAGUCUCUGGCCAAACAGGAGGAGGAGGGCAUCCUGUGCAGCCCCACCUCCCAGAUCGAGAACGUCAACGAGGAGGAGAUGGACACCUCCAUCAGCCACUACAAACGAAAGACAAUGAAUGACUUUGACUAUCUGAAGCUUCUGGGCAAAGGCACUUUUGGGAAAGUCAUUCUGGUGAGGGAGAAGGCGAGUGGCACCUACUACGCCAUGAAGAUCCUCAAGAAGGAAGUCAUCAUAGCCAAGGAUGAAGUUGCUCACACACUCACAGAAAGUAGGGUAUUAAAAAACACUCGGCAUCCAUUCCUAACUUCUCUGAAGUACUCGUUCCAGACUAAGGAUCGGCUGUGCUUUGUAAUGGAGUACGUCAACGGAGGAGAGCUGUUUUUCCAUUUGUCAAGAGAAAGAGUUUUUUCGGAGGACCGCACCCGUUUCUACGGCGCUGAGAUCGUCUCUGCUCUAGACUACCUACAUUCUGCCAAGAUCGUGUAUCGUGAUCUGAAGCUGGAGAACCUCAUGUUGGACAAAGACGGCCACAUCAAGAUCACAGACUUUGGCCUCUGCAAAGAAGGCAUCACCGACACUGCCACCAUGAAGACCUUCUGUGGAACACCAGAGUACCUGGCUCCUGAGGUGCUGGAGGACAACGACUACGGGCGGGCGGUGGACUGGUGGGGUUUGGGCGUGGUGACGUACGAGAUGAUGUGCGGCCGCCUGCCGUUCUACAACCAGGACCACGAGAAGCUGUUUGAGCUCAUCCUCAUGGAGGAGAUCAAGUUCCCACGAACCCUGUCGGCCGACGCCAAGUCGCUGCUGUCGGGGCUGCUCAUCAAGGACCCCAACAAACGGCUGGGCGGCGGACCGGAUGACGCUAAGGAGAUCAUGCGACACAGUUUCUUUGGCACAGUCGACUGGCAGGACGUCUACGACAAGAAGCUGGUCCCACCUUUCCAGCCCCAGGUCAGCUCAGAGACGGACACACGCUACUUCGAUGAGGAGUUCACAGCACAGACCAUCACCAUCACUCCGCCGGAAAAAUAUGACGAGGACGGGAUGGACGCAGCGGACAACGAGCGAAGGCCUCAUUUCCCACAGUUCUCCUACUCAGCCAGCGGGCGGGAGUGAGCGCUCCGGCCCAGCCAGCCAGUAUCGUCCCCAUUCGUGGCCAUUUUGAGGAAAACACGUAGCCAUUUUAGGAAAAAAAAAAUACCAGUCUCCCCUCUUUUUCUCCUUCUCUGCCUCCUCACAGACGGGGAGAAGUCUUUUUAGGGACUUUAAAAGAGGUUUUUGCACAGUGGGAUAGACUCCAGCCGGUCUCCCCACACUAAAAAAAUAAGUCUCCUACAUUUUCAGCGCUAUUUACUGCAGAAGGCAAUGUUUUUGUUAUUUAUUUUUUCUCUCCGUCAGUAUUAAGUUGUCGACCCGGGUUGCGUUCAUCUUUUUUUUGUUUGUUUGUUGUUUCUGCCCUUUUUUCUUCUUUUGACUUUUUGCACUUGGUUUGGAAGAGCCGUUUUAGGGAACAAAAAACCAAAAAUGUUGCCUUACGUGUGCAGAUGUUUCGUAUCAUACCGACAGGGUGUUUUGUUUUGUUUAUUGGGAGAGGGCGGGCGGGUUUCGGGGUUGUGAGGGGUCAUUCUUAGUUGAGAAUAAGUGCAUGGCUCGUGGUUCACUCAAAAAGAAAAAACUACAAAAAAAAAAAAAUAUUUUCCUUCUCAUACAUUUGCCAUGGCAGCGCACAUUCCCCCAAUCCCAUGGCAA